UUGGGCUCCCGGACGCGGAAGUGAGUUGUUGAGUCACUGCUACUGCCUGCUAGAGCCUUUUGACUGAGCUGGGAUGAAGCAGAAAAGCAUCUUCAAGGAAUAAAAUAUAAUAACAAAAAUAAUUAUAAUCAUUUUAAUUUUUUUAAAACUUACAAAUAAAUCAAAUCCAAACGUCGCCAACAUGAUGGAAGAAAUAGACAGAUUUCAAGUGCCGACCGUGCAUUCUGAGAUGCAACCCCUGGACCCGGCAGCCUCUUCCGUCUCUGAGGGUGAUUCAGACACACGAGAGGGGGAGACCGUGGCCAUAAAUUACAAGCCCUCCCCACUGCAGAUGAAAAUAGAGAAACAGAGAGAGCUGGCCAGAAAGGGGUCCCUGAAGAAUGGAAACGUGGGAAGCCCAGUCAAUCAGCAGCCCAAGAAGAACAACGUCAUGGCCAGAACACGGCAUGCAGUGUGCUGGUCCUCGUGGAUAACUGCACUGCCUUAAAUGGGUAGAACCUGGAGAGAACCUUUUUUUUUUUUUUUUUAAUGCAGUAGGGUGCAAAAUGAUGAGCCCAUCUGCAGAAGUCCAAUAAGUAGAGAGUUUCUUAAAGAACACUGAGCUGCACAGGAGCAGCAGGGGGGAGGAGUGAAAAAGCAAACAAGAAGUAAGACCGCAACAACUAAUAGAAGACGGCUUUGAGAAAUGAAAGAUUUCCAAGGGAGCCGUCCAGAGUCUGUGUGUUUGAUGCUUGAUAUAUUGGUUGUCUCUGUCAAUGGGAAUGUUGGUUGUUUUGACAAGGCCACAUUCCGUGCAUGUACACAGCUCUGCAGUGAGGGCACACUGCCAUGUUUUUUCAGCUGCAUACAGCAGUAUUUCAUUGACACGUGCGCCGGCUUUACAGGACUGGGAAAGAAAAGACAACACGAUGUCAGUUUUUCAGCAUCAGCAGGUUGAAUGGGCAGGCAGUGUGAGCAAGUGGACGUACUUUGUUAUGGUUACGCUGAACCAGAAGGAGAACCGUAUUGUCUAUCAUGAGUGUAGUGUCUAAUUAUGCUUGUUUGUUAUUAUUAGACGGCUAACAUGAUCCGGAGCUGUCACUACAGGC